CCUUUUGAAGUUAUUUUUAUUCAGUGUAAUUGAAUGUCAUAAAAAAUUGAUGUUUAUGUUCGAAUGGAGCUAAAUUUCCUGAAUUUUUAAAUUUUUAAUUCCAUAUUAACUUUUAUCUAAAAUGGAUUCAAUACAAACAGAUCCUCAGGAUUUGAGAUUGAAUGCCGACCAAUCCGCGAAUGCACUUGUCGGAGAACCGAUGGAAGUGGUUGCCUGUGGAGAUGUUUCGGAUCCAUCUAUGAACAACGCACUUUCAUGGAUGGUCCAACGCGAAUGGAAGGAAAUCACGACCGAGUUUUUCGGCUGCGUUAAAGAGCUCAAGCUCGGUGAGUUGAUUCACGAUAACAUGUUCGGACUGUUCGAUGCCAUGUCCGCAAUCGAAAUGAUGGAUCCGAAAAUGGAUGCCGGAAUGUGCUGCAACAAGGAGGCAACGCCGUUGAAUUUUCAGAUAGCGGUUGAGAGCGGCAAAAUGAAGCUGCAGAAUCUGGAGAGUCAGGAGCUGAUCGGAAUUAUCGAUGCCACUUAUUCCUGUGUGGUGUCUUGGUUGGAGGGCCACUCAAUGGCACAAACGGUAUUGACCUGCUUGUAUCUACAUCAACCGGACAAGAUUGAGGAUAAAGCAAUGAAAGCCUUUGCCGUUGCGAUCUAUAAGCUGAUUAAUUUGAUCAGGAGUUUCAUCCUGAGAGCCCGAGUGUACGAAGAGGAAGAUUUUCAGCCUAGCAACUAUGGCUAUGACAUGUACGUCGAUAUGACGGAGACCAAGGCUUGCAAUAUGCUAAAAAGUGCGGAGGAAGAUUGGGUGAAAAAAGCCAAGGAAGUCGAGGGCGCCAAAGAGCGAGAGGAAGUCAAUGCUUUGGUGAGCCGACUGAAGUUCACCAGACUGUUCCUGCAAUGCCUGGUAGCACUUUAUCCCACAAAGAUUUCAAAUGUGGUAAGGAAUGUGUCACCAACAAAAACGGAAAUGAUCGACAUUGUUAAGACGUUGAACGGCGCUCUCGAAUUGGCACAAGUGAUGGAAAAAACUAUUGAAUUUGGAACACAGCCGGAGGCCAACUCUGACACGCCUAAUCCAAUGGGGUUUUCAAUGAUGGUCAACCAGCGUUUAUUACCGCCCACAUUUCCACGGUACACGAAGAUAAAAGAACGUGCAAUUUGUAUUCAAUAUCUGUCCGAAUUGAUACAUCGGUUGAAGCAUGCAUGCAAAAUUGUUCACUGCACCAAUUAUCACAGCGCUUUGAACUUCUUCAUGGAAUUCAGUAAAAAGUUUGGACCUUGUCUGCUAUCCAGAAGUAUUUUGCAGACUUUGUAUCUGCCAUUGCCGAACAUGGUAUUUGGCACAAAGAAGCUCACGGAGGUUUUAAAGGAAUCGGCAAAAGCUUUCAUCGCUCCUCCAGUACUACUUUCGGACAAUCCAUUGUCCACUAGUCCUGCUGCCAUCAACUGUGUCGAUUCGUUUUUUGCGUACAAUGAACACACGUUCAGUGUCCUCUUCGAGAUCUGUGGCUACAAUCGGGCACGACAGCGGGACAAGCUGGGAAUUAUGCUGUCGAACUUCGCCAAUCUGCAGGACGAAGCCGAACGGGUCGACGCUUAUCUGCAUUCGCUGUCGAUGAAACACGAAAAUCCUCGACAACAUUUGGCAUGUUUCGGAACCUGGGUGCUGUAUCACUGCCUGCGCGCAAUGUCUUUCUUUCUACUGUCCGGCCUGGAGCUGGAACUGUACUCGGUGCAUGAGUAUUUGUACAUUUUUUGGUACUUGUAUCAAUUUUUGUUCGGCUGGAUCGUGUCCGCGUUGACUCGAGCCGACACCUUCCUGGUGGAGCAGGACUACGUGGCGGACGUCAAAAACGCAAAAGGCAGCCAAAAGAAACCAAAGGCGAAAAAGCGCAAGGGGAAAACCGACGGUAAAGAAAUCAUCUUCAAUCAGGCAAUGCAAAAUAUGUGCGGGGGUUAUUACAAAGCUCUUGGAGGUUUCAUCGGUGAGGACCGCAUUCCGGAACCACUGCCAAUGUUCGACAAUGAAAAAGUCCGCUUCGAGCACCGCUUUGCUCCGUUCGCUACGCUAUCAACUCCUCCACCAAUGGCGUAUUCGGAUUUCAAGCUUAUGAAAACGUACUUACUUAAGUCCCCCGCGGACGAACUUUAUGCUGCUGCUGCCAAGCAUUUCCACGAGGCACGAGUUCUUCUGGAAUCGUACCCGAAUCCGGAUGAAGAGUGGCACGAAAUCGUCAAAGUGGCAAAGAUGAACUUUGUAAUGAUGAACUUGCUGGCCAGUGGGUUGAACCGUCAGUCCAAGACGCCACCGGAGUUUGACUUUUCCUGCCACCGGUUCUUUCCGAUUAUUAAACAGCGCAAGUAAUAGCUUAGUUUCUAAAGGUUUCACGUCAUGUUAACCAUAAGUACUACAUAUUCGAAAUCUAUUUAGCUGCAAUUUAAUUGUGUUUUGUGUAAGUGUGUCAGUGCGAAAUUACAAAAUUAGACUACAGGAAUCGUAUACCAGAACAAUUGGCCCGGUAUCGAUGGAGUUCAAACAAAAUAUUAAAUCAAAAAUA